AUGAAGACUUUGGCAUUCCUUCUGGCUGCGCUCCUGGCUCAGGGCGAGGCUGCACCACCACCACCAACGAGCAUGUAUGAUGGGCCGUGCUAUUGGGUCUUGAGCAUGAUCUCUCACCCACCAAACCCGACCCAGUAUCUUCCCUCGUGCGACGCAGAUGGAAACUUCAGCGUGAUGCAGUGCUGGAAAGCCAUCGAGGUGUGCUGGUGCGUGGACCCCAAGACCGGAUGUGAAGUGUCCGGAACCAAAGUCCAUGGAGAGCGUCCAGACUGCACUGUCCACACCAGACGGGAGGAGGAGCACGGGGACGACCACGAUGACGAUCACUAUCACAAGGACGAUCACGAGCACGAGGACGAUCACGAGCACGAUGACGAUCACUAUCACAAGGACGAUCACGAGGUCGAGCACGAGUACAAGCACGAGUACAAGCACGAGUACGAGCCUAUGCCUGAGCCGAUGCCUGAGCCUGAUAAGAAGUCGAGCUGCCAUGAAGGCUGGACCCCGUUUUACGACCACUGCUACAUCUUCAUCGACUCCCCCAAAUGCUGGGUCAAGGCCGAGCUGUACUGUCAGUAUAUGGAUGCAAACCUGGCCUCCAUCACCUGCUCCCAAACCAACCACUUCCUGCAGGGUCUGAGCAAAGCGGACACUCACGACUUCCCAGAAACCUGGGUUGGAGCCAACAACGCCGUCCAGGCCUGUUCCUGGUUCUGGAGUGAUGGCUCCAAGUUUGACUAUGAAGACUGGUACAGCGACAUGUACAAAACUCGCGAGGACAGCUGCCUCAAGAUCAACUAUGGAUAUCAGAACAAAUGGGGCGCCGCAGGAUGCAACGACACCCUUCCGUUCAUCUGCUCUAAACCAAUCCAACACUGGGUCCCAAUGAUCCACGACGAGAUCCCACCUGAGAUCUACCACUAG